UUCCAUCAAACAAGCGAGUCACUGUGCUUCGUUUCAUUCGUUCCAGACCCACUUUGAGGAAGCUGAAACCUCACAGCAUGUAUGAGAUCUGGGAGGAUGACAUCGACGGCGAGCACAUUGUGGCCUUCGCUGAGGAAGACGACCCAGAUGGUUUUGAGUUCCUGGAGAUCCUGAAGGAGGUGGCACGUGAGAAUACAGAUAAUCCCAACCUGAGCAUCAUCUGGAUCGACCCUGACAACUUCCCCCUGCUGGUCCCGUACUGGGAGAAGACCUUCCGCAUCGACCUGUCAUCCCCCAAAAUCGGCGUGGUUGAUGUGGAGGACGCUGACAGCGUGUGGAUGGAAAUGGACGACCACGAUGAAAUGCCGACGGCAGACGAGCUGGAGCGCUGGAUUGAGGACGUUCUCUCGGGGAAGAUCGACCCUGACGACGACGACGAGGAUGAGGACGACGAUGAGGACGAUGAUGACGAUGACGAUGAUGACGACGACGAUGAUGAUGACGAUGACGACGAUGAUGACGACGAUGAUGAUGACGAUGACGACGAUGAUGACGACGAUGAUGAUGACGAUGACGACGAUGAUGACGACGAUGAUGAAUAGAAACAUCCCAACUAUCUUUCAGUCCCGUUGUUACGUUGAAAAUUGAAUAUAAGGAGCCGCCGGGAGGCGCUGAAAACCACCGGCUGAAAACCACGGCUUUGCUUGACAAGCCGACUGCGCUUGCGUUUUGUACCUUGUGUCACACGACCAGAGCUCAGAAACAGUCACUUCAGAUAAAGUGUGUCAGAAAUAAUAAAGAAAAUUAACGACAAACAAACAACCAAAAGA